AUGGAUACUCUACGGAAGGUCUUGGCUGAUGGGAUCAGGACCGAAAGUUCCACAGAGCAGUAUCUUAAGGGGAUUCAGCUCCUAUGGAACAUGGUCUUUGAGGAUAAAAUGCCCGAGGAUCCCUCGUGGAUAAAGAGUAAGGCUCAGAAGAUUGUUGCAGCUGUUCUAGAGCGCUAUGAUAACCCUGGAUCCAGGCGUACGCGCUUGGCCCCUUUUCUCGCUAUUUGUCGCAAACUCGGUUAUGCGGAGGCUUAUCAAACUUAUUAUGAGCCGUUUCGGAAGGAAAACAAGGCUCUGAAGGAGACCGCUCAACGAAAGAUUGAGACAAAGGCCUCGGACGCCGCAUCAGAGAUGACCGUUGAAGAGGUCGAAACGUUUGGAAAGAAGCUCGCACGCAAGGUUAGACAGCUGAGUCUCGAAGACAUGGAUCGAGAUCUCACUCCUAAGGAG